AUGCCACGCUCGUCACGUGUGAUUGGCUCAAAGCUCAAGACCAGCAACAGGCGACUUCGAAGCUCUGGCAGUACCGCGACUAAACCACCCAUCAACAACCAAGCCGAAGUCCGACCCCAGACCCGUGCUGCCUCGACCGACGACUUUCUCGCCCGCACGAUUCCGUCGCAGCAUCUCGGCAACAGCGAUGACCCGAGAGGCCACGACCAAGGGAACCGUUCGCCUCCUGGCUCGCCGUCAAUGCCUAGUCGUCCGGGGGUGCUUCCUGUUGAAUCGGACUCGGUACGCAGCGCAGACCACGAUCCAGAACAAAUAGACAGUCAAGGCGCAGAGGAAGGAGAUUUCUGGCCCAUCGUCGGCAUUGUUAAAGAAAGGAGGAGAAACAAGAAGCUAUCCUACCUCGUUCGCUGGGCUUCGGAUCCCCAAACCGGACAGGAGUUCCCUCUACAGUGGAUUUCUGCUGAAGGUGUAACGGAAGCAGCUAUCGAAGAGUGGGAAUCUGAGAAGGCACAGGCUCAGAGUCAAAAGACACGGGCGCAAAAGACCACGACGACCAAGAAGAGCACCCCUCGAACGUCCGUAGUCGCAACCGCAGCAACAGCCACGGCGGAAACACCAAUCGCCUCGCCACAGUCCGUUGACAGCAGCCAAGACGUCCUUCCAGCCAACCGUCGCAAGAGGCCUCGCCCCCUUGACAGUCGUGCCCGCUCGUCUUCGGUUGCCGACUUUCUCCCUGGCCUCACAGCCGACGACGUGCGCGCAUCCAAGCGUCCGAGGCUUAGUGUUGAUCUGUCUUCACUUCCUUCCGAGGAAGCAUACACACCAGAAGCUUCGGACAACUUCGAAAGACCAAACACCAGUAGUAUCUUCGUGGAGCUUCCGAGCAAGGCCGCCAUCGACACCUCCCAGUACCACAGCUUUCCCGAGUCUUCCCAACAGACUGCAAACUCGCACUCCCAAUCAUUGUCCGCCCUGGAAGAACUCGACGCGCAAAUCACGCUCGAACCCGCAUUUCAUAGCCAAGAAACCAUCCCGGACUCCCAGGAUUGGCUUGACGAUACUCAGACAGGCUCUUCUUCUCAAGCCCUUUCAGUGUCUCAAACUGUUCCUCGGCCCCGCCUCGAGAUUCCCGACUCCCAGAAGGACUCCAGCUUAGAAAAAUCCCUCGUACCCAGUCAGUCUCUUGUCGAUCCAUCAACGGGUGACGCUUCGCGAACACAGGACCCCGAAAUUCCUUCGCACCAGCCCGACAUCGGAGAUACGAGAGAACAGGCCAACGAACAGCAUAGCUCUCUGAACGAACUUGUCGAAGAGUCUCACAGACCGGGAGCAUCCCCAAAGUUCUUUUCGCAGCCAGAUUUCGGAUUUGAUCUUGAGCUGAUUGCGAGCUCCGCGCUAGAUUCCCGAGAGAUUGUGCCCGAGUCUAGCUCUGGUGCACCCGUACCUUUGACCCAACCCCAGGAGCAACUAGAAUCUGCCGGUUCAUACGCGCUGGCGGUUGUCGAAGUUCCUCAGAGCCAGGACGUCCUUACCGAGCAAGCGGCACAAAUCGACCCGGCGCAGGCUAGCAUUGCGGUGAGCCAAGUCACCUGCGACAGCAGUUCGCCCGAUAACGUCGUGCCAGACUCAGUUGUGCGGAAGGCCAUCUGCUCUGACUCCCGAACAUCCAGCUCGCUACCAGCUCAUUCCUCCAAGAUGAGCGGAGUUGCGCCAGAGGAAGACGACCCGGUCGCUUUGCUUCUUGAUGCGGCUGCGGGGCAGCAAAAUGCGGAAUCUUCGGCGCCUAUAUCCGAGUUUCCGGACGUCAAUGACCUGUUCGACUUCAUCGGCUCCUCAAAUCGGACGAAAUUUCCGGCCGAAGAUCUAAAUCAGGAGAUGACGGUUUCGGGAGAGACUCAAACGACCUUGCCAGGUGCCCUGCCAGUUGCUAACGACAUAUUGUUGUCGGCGCCGGAACCUACUUCGCUUCCGCUGAUGCCUGUCAUGAAUGAGCUGCAGGAACCCGUCAACGAAUCCCAUCUUGAGAUCGCGACAUCGACUGACAUGUCUGGCGCCCUUCUUCAACCCGAAUCUGUACCUGAGGUCUUUCCGGCAACAAUUUCUCCAUCAGAGAUCAGUCGAACAGUAGAACCCGAAAGCCUGAUGCAGGCCCCCUUGGAGCCCCCGACGAUGUCUAUCGAGGCUGUGGACCCUGAAAUCACUUCUUCACCAUCUUCAGAGGUGCCAGGCUCGGAUCAAUACACGGUGACCUUGCCCCUUCCUGCGAACAUGAAAGAAGUGUACCUCAACACCAUUCUUCGAUACCGACGUGAAAUUGAAGCGUUCAACAACCAGCAGAGCAACGAGGGAACUCCGCCAGAUGUGCAACUAUCAGCCCAGAUCGACCGAUUCUUUGGUGAUCUGUUCGACAUUUGCGACCACCCAGCAUCGCUUGGCGCAGAUGAACUUCGUCAGCUUGAUACGACCGAUAUACAGAAGCAUGCCAUGGGCACGAAUAGUAAAUUCUACUUUGUUGGCCGACUUUUAGAACGCCUAGCCUACACUGAUAAGAAGGUUCUGAUCAUCGCACGAAGCCAGAAGCUUCUCGGGUACCUGCAAGCAAUCAUCGGCACCAUAAAGCCCAGCGAUCGUGAGGAAUCUGAGCUCGUCGUUCAGCUUGCCCAUGCUGAUCAGGAUGUGGACGCCCUCGCCUUCGAUAUUGUCAUUGGGUAUGACUCUGCCUACGCCGCGUCUGUAGCUUCGCAGCAGGUGGAGCAAGCUGAGCCCAGCAAGAAGCCAGUCGUGAUCAGUCUGGUCAUCACGUAUUCAAUUGAGCAUUUCGAAGUGGUUAUCCCAACAGAUUUCGGGGAUCUUGACCGCAAGAACGCACUUUUGAUCUCCAUUUUCCAGAGCCGAGCAGUAUUGGCUAAUCACGGCGAUCAAGACGUAGAGAGGGUUGUGGCGGAAUUCGCAGAGCACCUCCUCGAUCCUGAUCUUGCAUUUGAUUGGGAACCGGAGUUGAUCCCCAGCGAUCUCCUAGACUUUUACGAUAACGCGCAGAAAAGCCAGACGCAACCUCAAUCCCAGCUCGAAGCCCGUCAAAUCUCUGCCCUCAAACGCAAGCACGACGGGCCACCUGUCGGGUCACCGAAACGCUUGCGCCGCUCACAAUCAGUGGCACAGACGCCGGCGGAACUUGAUACCACAGUCCGAGAACUGAUUGACCCAGACCCAGCCAAGGAGCAGGUCAUGUUAACGCGGGCGGCAUGGGGGGCUCUCACGCAAAAGAACACUGAAUUGGAAUCCCAAUUAAGAGAUAAAGAUGAGCUCGAGGCUAUCACUCGCAAGCAGAUCACGCGGAUGUCGAAACAGAUUAAGAGCCACGAAUCAACAGCCAACGUGAUCCAGAAACAGCACAUGGCUGCUCUGAGCGAACGUGCAGGCUUUGAGAAGGAGCGAAACCAGGCCGUCGAGCAAGAACAGGCGGUUCGUGCGCGUCUCGCGGAGCGGGAUGCCACAAUCCUUGCGCUCCAAGCGAGGCUGGAACAAGCGGCGUCCAAAGACAGUGUGCUCGCUGGGCUAGACGAGAGGAGCAAGGAGCUCAGUGCUGCGCGGGAAGAAAUACGUCUUCUGGAGAAGAAAUUGAAGAGCAAGGAAAGCGACUUUGACUUCGCGAGAGGUCAGUACCAGGAUGAGCGGCAGCACGUCAAUGACACCGUGCAGGAGAACAAGGAGCUUCGAGAGCAGGUUGCGCAGCUCAAGCAGCAGUUCUCGGAGAGCCUCGUCAAGAUUCAGCAGAUCAACGCGGACAGCAGCCAGAAAGACCUCCAGCGAUUAGUAGUGGAGGCGCAGACGCUCGCCAAGGACCGCGAACGAGAGCUCGAGCGCACCCGCGAAGAGCUCAGGUCGCUGAAGAAUGGGCGACGCGAGACGCGUGGGACCAGUGUUCCCCGAAGCCCACGCAUGGGUGUCAUGACGCCGCGCAAUGGACGCGGGGGCUUAAGCACGCUGGGUGCGUCCGCAGGCGCUACGCCGGGUAGCAGAGGGACGUCGCCAUCUCACGUCGUCGAGACGCCUGCGCCGCCGCCGCCACCUCCCUUGUUUGCGGCGUCGUCUGCGGCGAAUGGGCGGUUCAAUCAUUUACGGGACCGGCUCUGA